AUGGAGACGAUGAUAAUGAAUCAACCCCUUGUUGUGGACCUUGGCACAGGUGUGCUAAAAGCUGGAUUUGCUGCAGAUCAGGUCCCUAAAUAUUACUUCCCAAACUUUAUUGGUCGACCCAAACAUGUUCGAGCAAUGGCGGGAGCGAUAGAAGGAGACCAUUUUAUCGGUCCAAAAGCCCAAGAGCACCGCGGUCUUCUCAAUAUCCGUUAUCCAAUCGAACAUGGAAUUGUUCGUGACUGGAGCGAUAUGGAACAUAUCUGGAAUUACAUUUAUAGUAAGGAUCAACUCAUGGUCAGUCCUGAGGAACAUCCAGUCCUAUUUACAGAAGCUCCCCUUAAUCCCAGAUGGAAUCGAGAGAAAAUGGCUGAGAUGCUUUUUGAAACAUUCAGUGUUCCUGCUCUCUACGUGUCUAUGCAGGCAGUUCUCAGUCUCUACGCCUCGGGUCGAACAACUGGAGUAGUCUUAGACGCCGGAGACGGCGUAACCCACGCCGCUCCAAUUUAUGAGGGCUACGCUCUUCCACAUUCCAUCGAACGUACUGAUCUCGCAGGUCGAGAUGUAACACGUUACUUACGUCUCCUGCUACGCAAAGAGGGCACUGAUCUCCAUACAACUGCAGAAUUUGAGAUUGUUCGACAGAUUAAGGAGCGUUGUUGCUUCAUUUCCCUCAAUCCUGGCAAAGUGGAGGCUGUAGAUGCUCAAGAAUUGUAUCGUCUGCCAGACGGUUCUGCUCUCCAAGUUGGAUCGGCUAGAUUCAAGGCGCCAGAAUUGCUAUUCCGCCCAGAUUUGAUUGGGGAAGAGUAUUUUGGUAUCCAUCAGGUUAGCUGGCGUCUAAACUAUAAUUUAAUUUGA